GUGUGUGUGUGUGUGUGUGUGUGUGUGUGUGUGUGUGCAGUCCCUGUUCCAAAUUCCGCUCCACGUCUUUACUAGGAUCCUGGGCUCACCUACUUCCUGGUUCAGCUCAUGAAGAAGAACUGUUUACAACUAUGUUUCAUCACCGGCUGUGUAGUUUGGCUUCAACAGUGUGCUCUACUUCCUGGUUCAGCUCACCACCCCGGCUGUGUAGUUUGACCUUCACAAACUUGCUCAGCGUGCCUGGACUUACUCAGAAUUUGGAACCUCUGCCUGUUGGUCAAGUUUGAUCCGACUCUGCCCCCUGCUCUGAUGACGGCACCAUGCCUUGACGACGGCACACCAGUUGAGUCUUCCUCCAGCAAGGUCUUUCCCAAAUGCCUAGAGCAUGGCCGACCCUCUGGACCUGCUCCUGGGUGUUCUAGAUGACCUGCGCUCAGCAGAACUGAGAAGGUUCCGCUUGUACCUGAGCAGCGCCCAGCUGGACGGCUAUCCCAGAGUCCCCCAGGGCCGCCUGGAGAGCGAUGACCCAACAGACAUCGCCUGCAAGAUGAGGGAGGCCUACGGCAUUGCCAACUCCCUCAAGGUCGCGAAGGUCAUCAUGAGGAGGAUCCACCGCAGUGACCUGGCAGAGAGGCUGGGGCAGAAUCUAGAUGGUGCCAGCACCUCAGCCCAGUUCAGCCCAGCCCAGCGCAGGUUCACGGAUGUGCGGCAAUAUGCCUGUGACCUCACGCUGGACCCAAACACGGCCUCCAGCUCUCUCCUCCUGUCCGAGGGGAACAGACGAGUGGAGAACUUUAAGGGGAGGAGCAACUUCUCCUACCCGCCACACCCCGAUCGCUUCGAGAGCUGCUGCGCCCAGGUGCUGUGCUGUGAGGCGCUAACUGGACGCCAUUACUGGGAGGUCACCUACAAUGAUGAGAGUGUGCUCAUCGGAGUGGCCUACAGAAGUAUUGACAGAACAGCUUGCUGUCCCAAACACGUGGUGGGCCAAAACGACAAGUCCUGGAGCAUCUGGUGCAGUGCCGGCGGUCAGUUCAUAGCCAAACAUAACAAUAUUUACACAGACAUAGACACUGAGCCGUCUCCGUCGCGCAGAAUUGGAGUGUAUCUGGACUGGCCGUCCGGAGUCCUGUCCUUCUACCGUGUCUCCUCCGACACACUCACACACCUGCACACGUACCGGGCCACAUUCACUGAGCCCCUUUACCCUGGCUUCUGUGUGUACUGCGCUGGUAGUGUGCUGUCUAUAUGUCAGGUUUGAUGAGUAUGCAGUGGUAGUGUGCUGUCUUUAUGUCAGGUUGUCUGAUGAAGUGGUAGUGUGCUGUCUUUAUGUCAGGUUGGCUGAUGCGGCGGUAGUGUUCUGUCAUUAUGUCAGGUUAGCUGAAUACUGCAGUGGUAGUGUGCUGUCAUUAUGUCAGGUUGGCUGAGUAUGCAGUGAUAGUGUGCUGUCAUUAUGUCAGGUUUGCUGAGUACUGCAGUGGUAGUGUGCUGUCAUUAUGUCAGGUUAGCUGAGUACUGCAGUGGUAGUGUGCUGUCAUUAUGUCAGGUUGGCUGAGUAUGCAGUGAUAGUGUGCUGUCAUUAUGUCAGGUUAGCUGAGUACUGCAGUGGUAGUGUGCUGUCAUUAUGUCAGGUUAGCUGAGUACUGCAGUGGUAGUGUGCUGUCAUUAUGUCAGGUUGGCUGAGUAUGCAGUGAUAGUGUGCUGUCAUUAUGUCAGGUUGGCUGAGUAUGCAGUGAUAGUGUGCUGUCAUUAUCUCAGGUUGGCUGAGUACUGCAAUGGUAGUGUGCCGUCUAUGUCAGGUUGGCUGAGUGAGUAUGCUGUACUAUCAGUUAAAGUAGGCUCUGCCUCUAUGUCAGUAAGCACAAGAUUCCUGAUUAUCGAUGGAUUUUAAAAAGUAAAUCACAUUUGACUUUUGUUAUUUGGGACAUGGUUAAUGUUUUUAAUCAGUGAUCAUAUGGGAGCAGAUCAGCAUAUGGUUUCUUCUAAUACACGUUCUUAUGAGUGAGUUUCUGGGGUUGUGUGUAGGGUGUGCCUGCGGUUAUUGAUGAACACACUGUUAGGGUCCUUGUGUUUUGGUAUUUACAAACAUAUCCAUCCAAUACACAAGGCUUUUAAAUAGGCAUUUAAAUGAGCCUGCUUGUGCAGACAUGUCUUUUAAAAGAUAAAUUCUGAAAUGCCGUUUUGUAUAUCUGUAACUUGCAUUGUCCAUUAAAAUGAAAUUUCUAUGCA